AGUUAUCUCCCCUUAUCAAAAAAAGAUUUGAGGAGUUUGCCGGUUUGCAAACAAUUCUGACCACUGCAAUUUAGUUUCUAAUUUAUUGUUUUAAGCAUCGUUUUGAUAAUGAAUCACUCACCUGUUUAAUUUUCUACUGCCUGCGAAUUGAAAAUAAGUAAAAUUUUAAAUGUCAUGCGAUAGGAACAAAAUUGUUCCUGAAAGUAAGCCAGUAAAAUGAGUACUGCAGAAACAUCCAGUAUCUCCAACAAAGAAAUUGCCGACAGGCAAAAAUGUUUAGAUUCACUUGGAGAAUUUAUAGACAAAUGUCAGGAAGACAUAACAUCAAUGCUGGACAGUCUUGGCUGGACACCAGAACAUUUUAUGCAGCCAAGAAAUCUUUGUGAAUGUCCCCACAACAGUGAUCAUAGGAUGCCAAAAUCCUCUGUUGAAAAACAUUCACAUUUGUGUAAAAUUGUCAGCCAAGGUUACAGUAAAGAAGAUGCUGAGAAGAUAGCACAAGACAGGUCAUUUUUCUACAAAGAUGCAGCAUGUGUCCACCCUGUAAAAUUAGACUUGGACACUUUAAACUCAGUGCUAUGGAAUCAUCAUGUACAGAACCAUUCAGUAUUUUAUGGUUACAAGAAGGUGCCACAGACAGGCGAGGAGGAGCAGGUAUUGAUGAGUAGGGAGGACAGGUUAGGAAUAGCAGAGUAUGUUAUAAAGAGAGCUAAGGAAGCAAAUAGACUGAAGGAACUAGGACAGGACGAGCUUCUUGUGUCAGAGAACCUGGCCGAUCUCAUUAAAAAAGAUAAUGAGGAAAGAAAAUUAGAUCCAUUUGAAGAGAUGGCAGCUCUGCGUGAUUACAGGAGGCGAAGGCAAACAUAUAGAGCUAAAAAUGUUCAUAUCACGAAGAAAUCUCACACUGAGAUAACACGUGAAGUAAUCAACAAUCAAAUGGAGAUGUACACACAGUCGCUCAAGGAUGAAAUGGGACAUUCUCAAAUGUUAGAUGACCAGGCUGAAACAGAUUCUAGAAGAAUAAAAACAGAAGACAGUACUGGAGAGAAAGAUAGAGAUGAUAGGUCUAGACAUAGAGAUAGUAGAAGAUAUGAUAGAAGUAGAUCCAGAAGUAGAGAUAGAUCAUACAGGUCCUCGAGGAGGAGUAGGUCUAGGAGUAGGGAUAGAAGCAGCAAAUAUAGCAGAGUAGAGAAAGAGGACCGAUUACAGGACAGUAGACGUAGAAGUAGGUCAAGAAGCAGAGAGAGUGGAAAAUCUAAAUACAAACGUAAAAAUAGGUCCCGCAGUAGAUCAAAUAGCUCUGAAAGGUCCAAGAAACCCAAACAUAAAAAACACAAGCAUAAACACAAGAAACAUAAGAAAUCUGACAGGAAAAGUGAGGACAAAGAAAGUGCUGAUAAGGGGGACAACUCUGAGAAAACAUUGGAGGAAAAGUGAAGUCAAUAUUGAAAAGGGAGAUGAUUCGUAUCAAGUGAGGACAAAGAAAGUGCUGAUAAGGGGGACAACUCUGAGAAAACAUUGGAGGAAAAGUGAAGUCAAUAUUGAAAAGGGAGAUAAUAAGUAUUAAUAGUUUGAUCAAAAAGUGAGGACAGAGAAAGUGCUGGUAAGGGAAACAACUCUGGGAAAGCAUUGGAGGAAAAGUGAGGACAGCUUGAGAGGGGGGAUAAUUUCAUACUAAUUAUUAACUCUAAAGUAAGUUUUAUUUAAAUUGAGAUGAUUAGUAUUGAGAGGGAAAGUAAAAUGUGAUGAAAUAUUGCAGGAGUUAUGUGAUGGCCUAGAUUCCUAUGUCAGAAAUUUCUGUUUAGACAGAACUGUGAAACUCCUUGAUGAA